AUGCCACCUCUAGUUUCCGAGGAAUCGGAUGAGCUGUCCAGCGUCGGCACGGGGACUGUGACCCCCAGCAUUGAGGGACCUGUAAUGACAGCUUCGGGCGAUGAGCUCAGCCCCCCCAUGCCCCGAGAAAACCCCAAGCCUUCAGAGAACGGCCAUUAUGCGUCAGAAGAGAACCAGAGCAAUCUGGUAGGUUCGGGCCAGUCUCGCAUACAUGCUGCUGCCCCAGACGACUAUGAACUGGGGGAGCAGCUGCAACGGUCGGCGCAAGAAGAACUUAGCGAGCCUGACACGGAUGUUCGUGUCGCUGAAGAGAACGUUGCCGGAGGCGCCGAGUUGCAGGCUGAUGGGGAAGGGGAUAUUACAAUGACGGACGCGGAUGCCGAGGCCGAACCGGACGACGAAAUGCCACAAAAUGAUCCCGCAGCCGGCGAUGCGCAGGAGCCGAACCAAGUUGCAGAGGAUGAUGAGGACGCGGAAGGCGAAGAAGAGGCGGAGCCACAGAAAGAGAAUAGAGCAGUAGGAGGACAAGAAACCGGAGACAAAGAAAGCGCAGCAAAUGAAGGGGACCUGGAGGAGGAGGAGGGCCCCGCAGAGUCUGACGCAGAAGACGCUGGUAGCGAUAGCGAGGAAGGCUCAGGCAGCCUGGAACCCGAGCUCGAAUCAUCUGCGUCGCAAUCCGAAUCAGUAUCAAGAUCUGGGUCAGCUUCUAGACCCGUGUCUGAGUCGGAGGCGGAGUCGGCGUCUGAAUCUGGUGAUGAGGAUGAAGAUGAUGCCCCAGAGGAAGCCGAAGAUGCUGGGUCAGAGUGCAUAUUCUGCAAGCAAACCCACGGUCCAGAUGGGCAAGGCGAUGAACUGGACUUGGUAUGCUUGGAGUGCAAUAACCGCGCACAUUUGAAAUGCGCCCAAGGCAAGCAAGCAGUGAAGGACGAUAACACCACUCACUGGCAAUGUCCGGACUGCUUGAAAAAGGUCGCUCAAUCCGAGUCGCCGAAAGAACGAGCUGCACGAUCCAAGAACUCGGCUCCUCGACUUGUUAGGGACUUGUUGCCCGUCACACGUGGCGUGCAGAGGCCAAACUCACAUUCGAUUUUUGCGCAGCCUCUGAUAUCGGAAGGUGAAGACGGAGGCCGUGCUCUAAGGAAGAGAAAGUCUCCAACUCAAGAACCUGUGCCGGCUGAGAAGAGGCGUCGAAAGGCCACAGAACGGGCAUCAGCCGUGGCGACGACCAGCGCUGCCCUGUCCGUGGACAGCACCUCUACAACCAUGUCAACGCGGCGGUCGAGUCAAAUGAAAAUCACCAAACCCACUGCACGGAUCCUGCAGCAUCGACCCUUCAAUAAACCACCGCCUCACAAAUUCAUUCUUGCCUUCCGACUAGACCAGCCCCGGAUCGAAGCCAUCUUGAGCAAGCCUCCUCGGCCCGGUCGACGCAGAGAAAGAAAGGCGCAACAAAAGAAGAAGGAGCCGAAGAUCCCAGCUCCAAUCUACCAACCUCCGGUCCCCAAAUUCCCUGCCCUGCCAACACACAACCUCAUUUUCCCCUCGGCAUUUACCGACCGCGAGGCCGAACUCAAUGCCAAACCGUACGGUGGCAUUCUGUCGGAGGCAGAGGCCGACACGUCGCGUUCGCUACCACAGCUCAAAGACCGUGAGCUAUUUGAGAUUGCAAGGAAGGAAGCAGAAGAAGAACGGAGAAGAACAUCUGCGGCAGCCGAGGCGGAGAUCAACGGAGGCGUCGAUGCUUCAGCCACGCCUGGCGCGACAUCAGCGACCACAAAACCCAAUCGAUCGACUGUGUCGGGGCCUCCCAGCAAGAUCAAGUGCAUCCAGUUUGGCAAGCAUGUCAUCGACACGUUCUACGCCGCGCCUUACCCAGAAGAAUAUUCACACGAGUCGAGGCUGUUUAUCUGUGAGUUCUGCCUUAAAUACCUCCCAUCCGAGUUCGUCGCCUAUCGACAUAAACUGAAGUGCCCGGCCAAACACCCACCCGGAGACGAAAUAUAUCGCGAUGGCACCGUCUCGGUGUGGGAAGUCGACGGGCGCAAGAAGACAGAGUACUGCCAAUGUCUGUGCCUUAUGGCCAAGAUGUUCCUUGGUUCAAAAACCCUGUACUACGACGUCGAGCCGUUCUUGUUCUACAUCCUCACCGAAUACGAUGAACUGGGAUACCAUUUCGUCGGCUACUUCAGCAAGGAGAAACGACCAGCCAGCCAGAACAAUGUAUCCUGUAUCCUCGUGAUGCCAAUCCAUCAGAGGAAAGGAUACGCUACUUUCCUAAUUGAUUUCUCGUACCUGCUUACGAGGAUCGAGCGCAAAGAAGGGUCUCCGGAAAAGCCACUGUCCGACAUGGGUCUGACGGCAUACCGCUCGUACUGGGACUUGACGAUUUCCCGACAUCUGCUUGACCUGCAACGAUCCAAUACGCCAUUCAGCACGAAGACUCUCAUGGGGAGGACAGGCAUGACCGCUGACGAUGUGAUUCAUUCCUUGGAGCGUCUGUACGCCUUCAUCAAGGAUCCGGUCACGAAGACGUAUGCGAUCAGGUUUGACAAGAAGCUGUAUGAGCGGAUCGUGGAUGAGUAUGAGCGGAAAGGCCAUCGCAAGAUGAAACCCGAGUUACUGGUCUGGACGCCUUACAUCAUGGGAAGAAGUGACCGGGAGACGUUGGAUGGGCAGGGCCCACUUAAUGCGUUGGCCCCGAGGAGUGACGACGAGGAUGAAGAAGAGGAACAAGACGAUGCAGAGACGAGCGAAGCCGUUGAACUCGACAGCCAAGCGGUCGCCUCCAAGGCUGGGAAGUCCGUUGCUGGUGUUACUGACUUGGUCGGCAAUGAUGGCGUGGCUGAGGAGGAACUCUCACCCAAGUCGACCGCAAAGUCGGCAAUGGCUACCUCGAGACCGGAGUCGCUUGUCGGCCACGAGGAAAGUGACGCGGUCAACGUCAAAGAUGCCUCUCUUUUAAACGAGCUUGGCCAUGUCGCACCUGGGCCUCCCCCCACAAACGCGCUUGAUGGCGUCGUCUCGACCCAGCUGGCAGCUGACCACAGUGAAGUAAAGGUCAAUGGCCUCGUGAACGGCACUUCCUCCAUGUUCCAGGAACCUCCAGUCGACCCUCAUCUCCAGGACAGCCACGAGCAAGAACGCCAGAACCAGCCUCGCGAAGCUGACGGGGCAGAGCAACCAAAACAGCCUCCCUCCCCACCCCUGUACGGCUACGCCCUCGCCUUCCGCGAACACAACAUUCCACCCACUCGCUUUCAAAUCGAUCCACCCAUUCCUCCCUCAAUGCUCCGCCGCCAAAACACAAAGAAACGCAGCGCUGCGACCGCGUUCGGCACGCCUGGCAAGAAAACCAACGGUCUAGGAGGCACGGCUGCGGACACAGGUGCCGGCGCGAACAACGUCGCCGUCAGGAGUUCGCCCAGGAAUGCUGCCAAGAGCGGCGUCCUACUCGGAGCCAACACCGUGACGGCAAGCGGCACUGCAAGCUCCACCAAUGGCACUCGGAGCGCGUCACCCAAGGUGCCAGGCACGUCGGUCCGACGGAGCGGUCGGCGCAGUGGACUUGCCAACGUCGUCGCGACGGUGGAUGGCAGCGUCGAAGACGAGGAGGAGGAAGAAGAAGAGGAGGAGGACGCUCCUGCCGAGGAUGAUGACGACGUGGGCGCCCCGUCCAAAGCCGACUCGGAAGACGGCGACGCAGAGGAGGAUCAGGAUGACGUCGAGGCUUCUUCAUCAUCCAGUAGUCAGGGGGAGGAGGAGCAGGAUGAAGACGAAGAGGAUGAGCCGCAAACUUCGGUCGCAGCCGUUAGUGACGAGAGCGGCGAAGACGAAUCCGGCGAAGAACAAGGGGAAUUAGACGAAAGCGAGGACGACAAUGACGACGAUGACGGUGUCGACGAAGAAGUAGACGAAGACGAAGACGAAGACGAAGAAGAUGACGAAGAGGAAGAAGAAGAAGAAGAAGAAGAAGAAAGCGCAGACGACGAUCCAAACGAUCCGGACGCCGAGCCUGACGAAGAUGAGUCCGAAGAGAGCGAAGAGGAUGCUGAAGCCGAGGUGGAUAUUCCUGAAGAAGAAGAGGAAGAAGUAGAAGAAGAAGUAGAAGAAGAAGAAGAAGUAGACGACGACGACGACGACGACAAUGACGGGGAUGGCUGA